CUUUCUGCCAACUCACUGAUCCUACUUCCACUCGUUUCAUAUGAAACAUUUCAGCAGCUUCAUUCGCAGACGAGAUACAUGCCCUUAACGAACCCUCAGAAUUGCUCAGCCAUCUCUAUGUCCAGCGAAUCCUACACUACCGGGCUUGCGUGCGAAAAUCGUCCAGCAGCGCACACGAUUGCUUACGAUAAUGAUGAGAAUAAAGAGCAUAGGGCCUCUAUGUCUGAGCCUUUCCGAUUCCUGAGCCUUCCUAAGGAAAUACGCCUGCGAAUAUACCAUUACCUCGCGCCAAACACUCCUACGUCUCCUUUUCGAGACGAUGGCGGACCUUGCUGUCCUUCCAUUUUACGAACAAACCGAACCAUUUACGAGGAGGCUAUAGUUGAAUGGUACAGUCUUAUGCCAUACAAGGCAUCUAUCUGUACCAAGCGGUUGCGGCUCCUCGGCCUUACGAUUUCACCCGAUGAAGCACUCCCAUGGAUGUUCCAAGCGAUCAAAUUUCUGGAUCUUUUCAUCAGGCUUGAGAGAGUUUCAAUGCCAGGAAUAAAAUGCGAGUCUCCUUCUCGACACCUCGCACUCCACCAAAUCUUGCAUACUUGCUUUCCACCUCGUUCAAUAGGGGCCGGCAACCUGCUACGACUUCGUAUAGAAUUAGGUGUUAUGCCUCCGUUCUUUGUAGCUUAUAAACACCAGCCGGAUCGGCUUCGACGAGCUUUGGAGGGCAAUCUUAGUGCUCUUCGAAAUCUUCACGGGUUAGCUGAGGCGAGCAUCAUCAUCGCCUUUGACUCAGCUACUAAUCACAUCUUUGCAUUUGAUUAUCCCAAUGCCCCACUACUUCCCUGGAAAAUGGAGUUCAUGGCUAUACUUCGUGCUUUCUCGAAUGACUUGGAACGAUCUAUAACUGCCUGACGCUGCCGCCAUUGCGUAUUAGCUCAAGGAGUUUAUUUAGAGAAUAAAGGGCCUCUCGAGUCUCAGUUCUCUAUGAAGGUGGGCAAGCUAGUAGAGAGUAUUGUUUUCUAUAGGCCUAGCCGCCUAGACUUGCCAGCUUUUAUAUGAGCGAAGACAGAUCGGAUACAGACAUUAUCUAAACUUGCGUCACUCUAAGAUCAAUUUUCACGGUUAUAUCACAGAGACAUAAUGAGAAUGCGCUAAAGGGUGGAAAUAAUGCAAUUUCAGAUUCUCUAGAAAUGAUAGCACAGAUCUCGUUAGAAACAGUGUUUAGCAUACAAAUUUUUCGUGUAGAGCAAAGACAACGCUAAUGGUCUCAGCCGUCUUGAACUCGCUUAGUG